AUGGAUGACCUUUGUGGUCGCCACAGUGCUAUUCUCGAUACCGUCUCGGGAGAAGAUCGUGAAGUGAUGAAGCUCAUGUGCGAGUAUUGGCCCGAGGACAAGUGGGGUUCAAUCAACGACGCCGACUUGAACGAAGUGGCCACUUUGGCUGAGACUGGCGAGCUUGCUGAAAUUAGACAGAAGUCUGUGCAGUGGACGAAUGCGUUUCGGUCGAGCCCGAAGUUCUGUUGGCGAAAACUGAUGAAAAAAAGGGAGAAUAAGAAGGCGAUGUGUGAAGGUCCCGGCCUUAGUGGCAACUCUCCUGGAUUCGGCUGGAAGUGUAAGAGGAACUGUCGAGACUUUUGUCGAGACGAGUUCCAGAACUACUUCGGCAAGACCAGCCGCCUAUUUUGGUGUAAAUGCCCGAUGGACGGUAGCUUCGGCCGAAUGGUGGACCCUCCUUGCCCUCCUGGUGAAUCACUCAUGAUGGGCAAAUGCUACAAGUCUUGUCCUGCUGGCAUGCAACCAAGUUUGAUCCCAGGUAGAUGCUCUACUGACUGCUCUCGGAAUACCAAUGGCUUGGUUAAGGCGUGUGGGUUGGGGUGCUCCAGGACAGCGUUCGAGUGUGGCACAGCUGUAGGAGCAAUGGUCGCUACAGUGGGUGCCUCCGUCCUUGGGGCGUCUGCUGAACUCGCCCCGCCGUUGAUCUCUAGCAUACUUCUCGGGCUAUCGAAAAUGGUCGCCUUAAUCGCUGAGAUCGUCCAAGGCCUCUCUAGUGAGAUCAAGAACCUACUGCAAGGUCGGGGGUUGAAUGUUGGUAGGAUGGUCAUGAUGGGUGCAAUGAUGUUCACUUACUUCACUGAGAUGGACUCGAGCCCAGAGACGCUAUUGAAAGGCGCCCAACCCUACUCUGAGUCCAUUCAGAGUAUCAUCACUUUAGCUAACCAGCGUGGGCAUGCAAGUUUCAAAGCUGGUGUUGAAGAGCUGAUAGGUGGCCUCCUGGAGAAGUUUGCUUCAGUGACGGAAAGCAUUGUCAACAUCUUUGCGGCCUUCUCCCAGCCCCAGUGUACGUAG